CCUAUGGGUCUCUAUGGUGCCCUAUGGGUCUCUAUGGGGUUUCUAUGGGGCUGACCCCCAUCUAUGGGGUUUCUAUUCCCUUACAGAGCUCAGAACACAGGGAAGGGUCCCCCCCCCCCAGCACCGAUGUUCGAGGGGGUUUAUAACAACUCCCGGAUGCUGCACUUCCUCACUGCUGUGGUGGGUUCUCGCUGUGCCGUCCGUGUUCGCAGCGGUUCCACCUUCGAGGGAAUCUUCAGGACGCUCAGCUCCAAGUUUGAGCUGGCCUUGGAGGCCGUCCAUAGGGGCGGAUCCGGGGGACCCCGAAGGGAAGAGAUCGUGGACACGAUGGUGUUUGGGGUCAGCGACGUCGUCAGCGCCACCUUUAGGGACGUACAUGUGGGGGCUGCACCCGGAGGUGAGAUAUGGG